AUGCAUAACGUGACGCCUCCACAUCAAUGUCUAGAAGAAGCAUACGUCUACCCGCGGAGGUCAGUAGGAUCCUUUACGUCAGGUGAGAGCAAUUUUACCACUUUGGAGAAAGAACAAAAGGGGGAGUCUCUUAAUUGUGAAAAGGGUUCCCAGCUGUUUAGCGGAAGUGAGAGAGAAAAAAAUCCAUCCCAUACGUGUAACAUAUAUAACUGUAAUGACCAUUUCAGUGACUUCUACUCUGGUUCAAUAAACCUGCCUUAUAAAAUAUCGGCCGAUGAGCUGUAUGACAUUUUUGGUAAGUACGGCACAGUGAGACAAAUACGGAAGGGAAAUGCCGAAGGGACGAAGGGAACAUCCUUUGUUGUGUACGACGAUAUUUAUGAUGCCAAGAAUGCUCUGGACCACUUGUCCGGUUUCAACGUCGCGGGGAGGUACCUCGUAGUUUUGUAUUACGACCCGGUGAAGGCUCAGAGGAAGAAGGAGCUGCAGGAGAAGUUGAAAAACGAGCAGGAGGGGAAGAAGUAG